UUACCUGGGCUUCGGCCUCAUGGCGGCGCGCGCCAGGGUGAUCGAGCUGGGCCGCGCUGCGACGGGCAAGGGCCACCCCUGCUUUGCCAAGGGCACCAGCCUCAAGUACACUUAUGCUGACAAGGAGUACCCCGUGGAUGAGGUGGUAGAGGCGGGCGACUUCAAGGGCUGCGCUGCGGCGGCAUUCAAGGCGCUCGACCACGACAAGGACUGCGGCGCUGACAAGGCCGCUUGCUCGUUCAGCGGCGUGUGGCGCGGCAAACCGGCGUCCAUGCAGCGCGUCUAUUACGUCAGCAGCUACUUCUGGGACCGCGCCCUGGACUCUGGCAUCAUCACAGACAAGUCCGCCAUCGAGUUCAAGACCACGCCUGGGGAGUUCGCCAAGCGCGCCACGGCCGUGUGCGGCAAGGACGCCGCUGAGGUGGCGAAGCAGUACUCCCUGCAGGAGGCCCACGCGCCCUACUUCUGCCUCGACCUGUCAUUCUGCCACACAGUCCUGACCCAGGGCUUUGACUUGGCGGAGGGCAGCCCACUGAACCUGGUCAAGCAGGUGCGGUACAACGGGCAAACCAUCGAGGCCGCGUGGCCGCUGGGCGCGGCCAUCGACGAGCUGUCGGCGUUGUGA